AUGGCCAUUUUUGGCACCGUCGCUGGUGCCAUCGAUAUCUCCUUCAAACUAUCCCACCUUGGCCAGACACUCACAGCGUUCCCCCGCCCACAUACCCAAAACCUCAAGAUGGCUGCUUCGGAGACUUCUAUCACCAUCAUGAUCAACGACCUUGGAAACUUGGACAAGUUGACGCUUAAGAUUCAAGUUGGGCACAAGUCCAACUGGAGCAACGAGGCCGUUCGAUGCACCCUUCGCUCCAAGUUUAUGUGCGAUCUGGCUUUGGCGCUUAAGGCGAUCCCCAUCAACGGCCCUCCCUCAUUCUUCUUCGGCAUCAUGGCGGGACCUGCGAUGAUCAUGGCCAUUGCUGGCACCAUCACUCACCCGUAG